CAUUGCCCGUAUAAAAUACUCUAUAAUUACAAGUUAAAUAUUUAAUUUUGAUUAGAUACUUGACUUGGGGAAACAUGAGAGGUUUUAGUUGAUUUAAUUAAAAAUUCGGGCGCAUGGCAUUAUUGGAACGGAAAGCGUCGCUUUCCUCUUACAAGUUGCUCCUCGUGUCGUCAGCGUGACCUCGUAAUCUUGCCAAUUUUAAUUCAACUUGCCGGAUGUUCAUUUGAAAUUGAAGUAAAUUUGAUGAGCUGGAUAUACAUGUUCAAGUUUUUAAAUGUCAGUUUUAGUACUGUAAAAUGAUGAGUGUAGCUACAGGCUUGAAUUAUGACUGUGAGAUUUGUAACAAAUCAUUUUCAAGGAAGGCCAAGUUAUCCAAUCACCUGAGAUGUCAUGUAGUGGAACUGAAAGAGGAAGACCUAGAUGGAGAAGACUUCGAUGAAAGCCAAGAUCUAGUAGUUGAUUUUGACCUGGAAGCUGUUAGAAAUGAAACCAGCUUUGAAGUUUUCUCAAGAAAUAGAUCUGAUAUGCAGAGAUGUAGGUGUUCCUUUUGUGAGAAGACUUUUGCAAGAAGUGAUCUUUUAUGUCAUCACAUGGUGUUGUCUCAUUCGGAGGAAGCACUGAAAUGUAAGAUUUGUUGUAAAGUAUUUUUGACACAGGCAAAUUACAAUUUUCAUAAAUUGGAGCAUUUAACAAGAAGAAAUGGUGGGAAAGCACUUGAACAUCCAUACACUGGUAGUGUCUCUCGGUACAUAAAGUUAGAGGGGAAGGAAGAAGUGACCCCUUUAGAUUUUAAGUGUCACUUAUGCACAAGGAGCUUCAGCUGUUAUACAAAUUUAUGGAGUCAUGCUUGGGUUCACACAGAUGAAAAGCCUUAUGUCUGCAGUGUUUGUGGAAGAGGGUUUGGACGACUAUAUAGACUGAGAUAUCACAUGGCCUUCCACACCAAUAGUAAGCCAUAUAAAUGCGAAGAAUGUGGAAAGGGGUUCAAACUGAUGGUGUUUCUCAAAACCCAUCAGAAAACUGUUCAUGGAGGUGCGAUGACCCAGAGGUCUGAAAGAUGGUCCAAAUCUUUUGUUGUUCAAAGUAAAAGUAUAAGUAAAGUAAAGUCUUCAGAUUUCGAUGGUAAAUCUAAAAACUGCAAGAUGAAAAAGACAACUCUCAUCAGUCGGAUAUUUAAACCAUUGGCAACCAGAAUGAUAAUAGAGUCAAAGCAAGUUUGUAAAGUUUCAAAGAAGAAACCUAAAAAACUUGAUCAUUUGAAAUUUUCCAAAAAUCAGAGUUGUACACUGCCAAAACCAGUAGUAACAGUUUCCAGAAACAGUGUAAAAGCCAUUGCUUCAAGACAUAGCAGUAAAAAAGUAUCUCUCAGCAAGCCAAGUAACUCUGGAAUAAUUGAAAGAGGAAUUAAAGUAAGAAACAAAAGUUUUAAAGGUCAUUGUGCAGACAACAACUUUGCUUGUACAGAGGCUUUUGACCUGGAUAGUGAGACUGUAGAUCUUAAAAACUUUGUGGCUACUAAAGCUGGAGAAACUGCAAGUAAAACACUUUUGGGAAUUACAAAAGUGAAGCGCUUACAUUUCAGAGCUGCAGAGAAAAAUAUAAAAUUGAUAAUAAACAAUGAGUCCAGUGGUAAAGAAUUGGAUAAGUUACUGGGAGAAAAAAGUGCUUCUCAGCUUAGAAAAAUUUCAAAGACAUCUGAUUUCGCAUCAGGAACUUUAGUGAGAAAUUCAAAGAUACCAAUGCAUAUUCAAAUGCAGCCAAACAAAGAAAAUUUAAGAGGAAAUUUUAUAAGCACAAACCAAUCCAUUGUUGGAAAAAAUAUGCAAGCAGAUUAUGGACAUAGGAAAAUGAAGACCCAAGUAACUAAAAACAAAAAUGUUAGUUGUAGCCCGAGUAAGUUUGAAGCAUUGUUUGUAUGCAAGGUAUGUAAGAAGAGUUACAGGCACAAGUCAUCUUUGAAUAGACAUUUUAAGAAGUCAUCACAUGCCCAAUCUAAUAAUUUAAAGAUCCGGUUCCCAAAAGGUGACUCAUACAAGUUGAAUUUUUCAGACACAAGAGACAGUGGUAAUCUAAAAAAAAGAAAGGAUGUAAAGAUUUUGCAGCAUCUUUUGCCUAAAGUAAGAAAUGAAGCCACCAAGACCAUAGUAGAUAUGAAUUUGAAGGUAGUACAAAAACUUCAUGAACAAAGGGAAGUUUUGGAUUAUGGGUCAAGUAGUAGAGUGGUUUUACAAAUCCCGGAUGAUGAGGGAAAACCACAAAUACCGGUUGAUGAGGGAAAACCACUCAACCUGAGUAUGAAAAGAUCUGACAUCUCUGGGAAGAGUUUACAAGGGAAGACCAGACUGCAUGUGAAGGCUGGGAAUGGUGGCCAAAAUAUAGGGAAUAAAAAAGUUGCUUUUCAUCCUGAUUUCCUGCAAAACAUGAACCAUCGAGAAAACAGUGACGCUGUUUCUUCAAAUCAGAUAGGGAAAAAGUCAAAUUUUUCUGUUGAGCAAGCCAGGACUUACAACCAAAGCGUAAUUGAAGUACACUACUCAAGUGAGCCAGUUGAAAGUGCAAGUAGUAAUUUAAAGAUGCAUGUGAAUGACACUGGAAAAGAUGUUAGUUUAAAUAUUAAUGGGAAUCAAACUAAAGCAGAUAGCUACAGUGAAGGAAUACAGAAAGCUAGAAGUAAGACUGUUAAUUGGACAUCAGAACCAUUUAAGGGAAUAGAUUUGAGCAAGAACAUAAAUGACCAAGUCACUACUACAUGCCUUCAGGAAUGUGAUAGUUCUAUCAAGUCAGGUAGACCAGGUUAUGAAAUGAAAGAUCGUGUGCAUUCUGAAGUGCAGACCUCUUCUCAGAAUAAUCCUGCCAAACACAGUGAACAGAAGGUACAAUCCACCAAAUAUCAUUGUCAGAUAUGUCUAAGGAAGUUUAAACAUGCUUAUUCAUUGAAGCGCCACUGCCUGAAGCAGGUGUGUACAGGUGGCAGAAAAAGAUUCGACAAUGAAGGUGGUAACUUCCAAGUCGGGUCUGAAAAAAGAUUACCAUUGCUACCACAGGAAGUAACGAAAGGUGAUCAGGCCUUGAUUACUCAAGGCCAGCAGGUAUUAAAGACCGACAACCUACUGAAAUCUGAGAGUUACAAGCCUCAGGUUAGCAGUACUAUGGGUAAUAAAGCAUCCUCUGAGAGGGAGCAAUUGAAGAAAAUUCACUCAAAACUACUUAUGGAAGCAUGCAAAAAUUCUUUGCCAAAGCAAUGUAACAAUUUCAGGGCGUGGGAAGAAGAGGGUGCAAAUAGACAAAAUACCGAAGGACACGUUUCGUCAUCCUCUCAAAACUUUUUCGUAAAACCAUACAAGUGUUACAGAUGUGAUAAGCGCUAUGCUACCUUCUACUUUUUUCAGAAGCACAUAAACAAAAAUUCUUGUUCAAGUUAUAAAUGCCUCUUUUGUCAAAAGAAGUUCAAGGAUAGAAGUAUUUGGGAACAUCACAUGAAAGUAGAAAGAGCUGUAAUUCAGAACAAAAGUCUUUCUUGUGCAGGAUGCAAGACUGUCUUUUGUAGGCCGUCUGAUCUUGCCAAACACAUGAUGCGAAACACUUGUCCACGAUGUAAUGGUGAAUGCUUUUGCAGUUACUUCCUUGACUUGCAUGAGGAGUCAGGCAAGUGUAAUACUGGUUUGCUGGGAGAUGCAGGAGGGAGGUGUGGAUGUCCUUCAGGUAGUGUUGGCUGUCAGACAUGCUACAAUAGGAAUGAUGAACCCAAGGAGGAAACCUCCUUUCACCUUGAUUAUUCAUAUGGUAAUUUAAUCAUUGCAGAAGAUGCAAGUGAAUCAAGUGAUACAUUUAAUAAUGAAACUGUGGAAGCUAAUAUUACAUUGAGAAAAACUGUACCAUCAAUGUUCCAAGAUGGUUUCACAAGUAAUUGUGAAAACUCUGUAACUGGAGAGGAAAGUACGAGAAAUGGUAGCGAGAGUCAGAAUGGUAUUAGGGAUGAUUACAGCUUUGGGAAUGGUAAAUUUAUUGUGAAUUACACAGGUGCUGGAGGGGGAGUAGAUGCAUUUCAAGGUGACAACAGCAGGAAUGGUCUUAUGUAUGGCUAUGGCUAUUUUGAACCUAGUGCAGUGACAUUGCAGGAUGAUGCACACACACCUGGUGUGUCUGAUAUUGAUUGCCUAAUGCCUCAAGUAACUAAUCAGCACAGUUUGAGUUAUUAUUCACAAUUUCUGAAUUAUCACUGCCAUAAUUAUUCAUCUCCGCUUCAAGGACUGACAACAGAAAAAGCCAGACAAUUUGUGGAUAAGGGUGGCAAACAAGCAAAUGGAGAUGGUAAAUUGCUUUUCUCUCCUGAAUUUUUUGGGGCAAAUGUAUCCCAUGAAGCAGUCAAACAUUUUCUUAACUCAGAACAGCAGAACUCAAAUAUGACAACGAAUGUGUUUGAAAACGUACCUAGUGGAAGCAGCCAAUUCAGGGUUUUGGAGAGCAUAGAUUGGGAAGGUCACUGUUCGACUGAAAAUCCAUAUUACAUGCCUGUUCCAGUUCAAAAUGCUACAGUCUAUGAUGUUGAAGGGUGCAGGGUUGCUGGAAAUGGAGAAACUCCUAAUUAUGAGAGUUUUGCACCAGUGAAUGUGUGUCUUCCAGGUAGCAGCUCAAAUGCCAAUCCAAACCUGUGCGAGAAUCGUCACUAUUCUUCUCAUAGUGGCCAGUAGAUGAUGUGGUGGAGUAUUUCACUUAAAGGUGUUAAUUUUGUUUACCAUUAAGGAUCAAGUUUUUGGUACAGAGUCAUGGUUUGAGGUACAAGGGUACAGCCCAUUAUUUUUUUGCCAUUGUCAAUAGAGAGGGUCAUUGAUGAUAUGAAAUUUCAUUUAUUAGUAAUCUGAUAUUUUGGCUGAGCCGUAGGUGUGUAAGUGUCUGCAAAUUAUCAACUUGAAGUUAAUUUGAUGUACCAUUGAGGAGGAAUGAAUAUUUAAUGUAGUACCAAGUGUAGUAUUUUUUUUUCUUUGCUGGGACAGUUACUGCAUCAAUUUUAUAGUAGUAUUAGUCUUAGGUUGGGUGCCAGCCCAUACUUUUUUACCUUUGUUAAUUGAAAGGGUUAUUGAUUAGAUAAUUUCAUUUAUUAAUUUCAUUCAUUAGAAUUCUGAUGCUGUCCUAGCCACAGGGCCUCAAGUGUGUUGUUUUUUAUCUUUUUCUGAUGAAAUUUAUCAUAUAUUUUUUUAUUCCUCGAAGCUUAUUUUUGCACUUGAAUGAAAGGCUUGCUGGAUUUUCAUUAUUGUUUUAUUGAAAAUAUGUGCAAUAUACAUGAAAGGGUUAUUGAUAAGGUAAUUUCAUUUAUUAAUUUCAUUCAUUAGAAAUCUGAUGCUGUCCUAGCCACAGGGAUUUAGUUUAAGUGUGUUAAUUUGAUCUAUUUUCCUGAUGAAAUUUAUCAUUUAUUUUUUUUUUUCUCAAGCUUAUUUUGCACGUGAAUAAAAGGCUUGCUGGAUUUUCAUUAUUGUUGUUUUAUUGAAAAUAUGUGCAAUAUACAUGUUUUUGUUUUAUUAUUGCUUAUGCCUGUUUUUGUGUGAACUUUUAAGAUGAUUUUAGUUGAGCAUUGCUUUCAUAUGCAUUAUGAUACCUGGAAUUUGAUGGCAUUAUAAGUUCUCAUAGGAAAUCUUGUGACUUUCUCAUUUGCUUUUUUCAGUAACUGCAUUCCUAUAAUGUUGAGAACUUUGUUCAGUACUGUUAUAUUUUGCUAAUGGAAAAAAUUGAGAGGCUAAAGAAGUUUUUAUUUUUUCCUUAUUUUGUUGCACAAUGCAUUGAACUGUUAUUUAAAGUAGUACUGUUCAGUGUGAAUUAAGCUGUAUUGUUCUCUUACUGUUUUUCCCCCAAUAAUUGAUGUAGCGUCAGGUCAUUUAGCAUUUUAUUUGAUAACCUAUGUAGGAAUGAAAUUGGCUUAUUAAAAGGGGAAUGAAAUUGGCUUAUUAAAUAUCAUAACUACCCCACCUCUUGCGUAGUUGAAAAAAUCCAUUAAAUAUCAUUGAAGUAAAUGUUUGAAUGCUGAAUGCUGUAUUGAAAAUGUCAUUUUGUAGCUUUGAGAUCAAGAAAGGUAAACAUUUAGUAGUGCCUUUUAAGGCUGACAUAAAGCUUUGUUCCUUCACAUUUUCAGGUGUGCAAAUUAUAACCAAGUUGAUUUUA